GGAUGUUCUUCUGCUCUUCCGCAGCGGAUGAGAGUGCCGGCAGAGCUAAGUGAGAAUCAUGGCUCGGCGGGCUUAUUAUCCCCUUUAUCAGUUAGGAAAUCCUCCAACAAGAAUUUUCCGGACAGAUUACUUCUUGACUCUGGUGAAGCCUGGUGUCCCACAGCUAGAAGAUACGGUACAGUUCCGCAUCCCCAUGGACAUGACAAGAGUAGAAUUGAAAGACUACCUUGAAAAAAUAUACAAUGUGCCAGUAGCUGCUGUACGAACCAGGAUACAGUUUGGCUCAAACAAACAGAGGGAUGACAAAAAUAGACGAAUCAAGAAGCCAGACUACAAGGUUGCCUAUGUACAGCUGGCUGAAGGACAGACUUUCCAGUUUCCAGACUUGUUUCCAGACAAGAACAAAGCUCCUGAGCCUGAGUCUUCUGAAGAAAUUGAGAAAAAAGCUGAUGAAGAGAAACAGAAGAGAAUUAAUGAUCUUAAACGUGGAGAUGUCCCUAGCUGGUUUUGGCGUUGAUAGAAGAUUGGCUGUUUUAGGUUGGGGACCUUGGAGGGAUAUGAACACUUUCAAUCAGUCUUAGACUUCCAUUUUAAUGGCGUUGUAUUUGUAAAACCUUUACAAAUAUAUUUAAUCCCUAUUUUGUGCAGCAGUUAUUUUGAUAAAAAAUGAAGAGCUCUGGACAUAGAAGGUGGCAAGCGUGGGACAAGUUCAUCAGCUUCAAACUGUAGUUCAUUUUUGUGCUUGGAGGGAAGGAAGACUUACCUAUAUCUGUCCUUCAUUAAACCAUCAGGCAAUAUCUACAUGGGUAUUGCAGUGAUGAAGGUAUUAAGAGUUGGAAUUAUCCGGUUACUAAAAUGAGACAUUCUAAAUCUUUGGGUGGGUUAGACUGCUCUGGGGUAAUACCCUUGGAGUGUUAGAUGGAAUAUAACUCUUCUCAUAUUAAUAGAGUAUUGGUUUGGAGGUUGAAAUGGUAUAAUGUGUUCUUGGAGCCUAAAGUUCUCAAAACAUGCAUAUUCCAACUGAAUUUCAUCCAGUAAAAGCCAUUGUCAGCCUA